AAAAAAAAAUGUCAGUCAGGCGACAACAGUAGUUACGAGGCGAAAUAGCUCAAGCACGGUGUUUAACUUUAUUAUCUUUACAUUUACUUUGAGGUUUUUUUUAUUAUUAUUAUCGAAUUAAAAUGACCGAACAGUCGUCGCUUCUUCUUAGAAAGCAGUUAGCAGAACUCAAUAAGAACCCUGUUGAGGGCUUUUCGGCUGGUCUGAUCGAUGAUGAUGAUAUAUAUCAGUGGGAGGUUGUGGUCAUCGGUCCAGCAGAUACGUUGUUCGAGGGUGGAUUUUUUAAAGCGAACCUCACCUUUCCUCAUGACUACCCACUCCGCCCUCCAAAGAUGAAAUUUAUUACAGAAAUCUGGCACCCUAAUGUGGCGAAGAAUGGCGACGUCUGCAUCUCGAUCUUACACGAGCCAGGAGAGGACAAGUUUGGCUAUGAGAAGCCUGAAGAGCGCUGGCUGCCAAUCCACACCGUCGAGACAAUCAUGAUCAGUGUUAUCUCCAUGCUCGCAGACCCGAACAGUGACUCACCGGCCAAUGUGGAUGCUGCUAAAGAAUGGCGAGAGGAUCCUGAUGGAGAGUUCAAAAGGAAAGUAGCCCGCUGUGUCAGAAAAAGCCAGGAGAUGGCAUUCGACUAGAUCUUCCCUUCACGGCAAUCCUCACUUAAAUGGAAACCUUGGAGUAUUUUAGAUCAGAGAUCACUUUGUGCCCAAGUUUCACUUGCAAGGAAACGAAAAUGUUCUAACAGCUGAAUCUUCUCUGAUUGCUUGGUUAGAAGUAUAUUGCGUGCGUGUGUGUGUGAGAGAGAGAGAUGGACUUAUUUAUUGUCUGGAUAAUACUGAAGUGUAAUGCAUGACCUUUUUGCUUCCCCCUCUGCCUCUGAGCCAUCAGUUAUGUGCAAAGACACUUAUGCAAUCUUCUCCGUUUCACACUCACUGUAGCUGGAGAGAACCUCAUACCACAAAUGUCUCUUACAAAGAAGCUUAUCCUCCUGUACAGGACAGGAUUGAAUUCGCUGAUGGCAAGUGGUGAUGGCAAACCAAAAAGAAGACUUUUGAAAGAGUAUUUUUAUGUAUAAAAUAUUCCAUGAUUGUAAAUAUCCUAGUAUUACAGCCAGGUCAACCUGCCCAUCUGUUUCUGUUGUUGUUCUCCACUUAGGUUUUAUUCAUGUGUGGUUUAAGUAUGCAGCGUAAAACCUAAUCAGCUGUUUACAUCCAUCUCACUCCAUACUAGUUUUUAAACCUUUUAUCGAUUUGUCCUAAUUCACCUCAUCAUUAAAAGCAUUUUUUGUCUAAAACUUUCAUCUGUGAGAAACAUUUGUGGUUCUCGUUCUCACAUGUGACUCUGCUCAGGUGCAUCAUGUUUUCCAAACGGAAACAAUUCAAUAUUUGUAGCUAAGGAAUAACGUUGAUUUACAACUACUCAUCAUUUACACGUGUUUAUCCCAAAUAUGAAGAAUAAAAACCCUUUGUGCAGAAAAAUGUUCAAGUAUUUGUAUCCAACUACAGAAUAAAGUACAUUUUAUUUUUCA